AUGGCAGGUACUACGGUUGACUUGAAUUUCAACGAUACGGAAGAUGUGGAUGAAACAUUUGCUUCACAUAAGAGCAAUGAUCCUGAAACAGAGCAAUUUGAUCAAACAAUUGGUCUGAUUGAAGAUAUGAUCAUGGAUGAUGAGUUUCGUUCGAUCCAACAAUCGUUUUUAGCUAAAUACGCGCAUGAAUUCGAUCCUGAUCUAGAUGAAAAUAAGUUAAUCUAUACGGAUAUUCAUAAGGAAUACUUAACAAUAGUCGAAGAUUUUGUUCUGAAUAAAAUCAAACGUGCGCAACCGAAUUUCAAUUUAGACGUCUUCAUGAAACAAUUCGAAUCUCGACAAGACGAGUUAGAAGGCGAAAUCUUCGAGUUUCUUUUAACAUUCACUGAUUUCGUCGUUUUUAAAGAAUGGAUGCUCGAUCAUCGUCGUGCUGCGAAUCUACCCUUAUUAGACGUGAAUUCUUGUUUACAAUCGAUCAGUUUACAAAGCGCACGCGGAACAAAUCCAACGCCCUUACUCGACCAAGUUAAACUUGAUGAGGAUAAUUCAACAACACCAGCUAAAUCUCUCGAUUUUGGUAUUACGGGAAUACAAAUAAAAAAAUCGCAAAAUCCGAAAAAGAAAUGA